AUGAAGUCCCUCCCCAUCACGCUCGGCGUCUUCCUCAACUCCUACUACGACGUGAAGUUCAGCCCGGUGGGCAUGGUGUUCGCCACGCUCGGCGUCCUCGUCACCUCGCUCUACCAGGUGUGGGUCGGGGCCAAGCAGCACGAGCUGCAGGUGAACUCCAUGCAGCUGCUCUACUACCAGGCGCCCAUGUCCUCCGCGGUGCUGCUCUGCGUCAUACCCUUCUUCGAGCCCGUCUUCGGGGAAGGGGGCAUAUUUGGGCCCUGGACGCUCUCUGCUGUGAUAAUGGUACUGCUGUCUGGUAUAAUAGCCUUUAUGGUAAACUUGUCCAUUUACUGGAUCAUUGGAAAUACGUCACCUGUCACAUAUAACAUGUUUGGACAUUUCAAGUUCUGCAUCACCCUCCUGGGAGGGUGCGUCUUGUUUAAGGAUCCGUUGUCCCUAAAUCAAGGCCUUGGGAUUCUGUGCACAUUGAUGGGUAUUUUAGCCUACACCCACUUCAAGCUGAGUGAGCAGGAAGGAAGUAAGAGCAAAUUGGCGCAGCGUCCCUAA